CGACAGUGGGAUUAAAACCGUUGGAUCGCGGCCGACUCGAGGCGCCAGUUAAAGUAGUCGAGUCGAGUGCGCUCGAAGCUCCAAAAACCUGCGUCGUUUACCCAACCCAAUCCCUACUCUUUCGUUCCAAAUCCAACACUCAGAUUCAACAAUGUUUGUACAUAUAUUUAUGCUGUAUCUUUGUAAUCUAUAGUUUGCCGAUCAUCGAUCAGUUUCAAGAUACGGAUCUAUAGAUUCGGCCUCAAAUUCCAGGUUUCAAUAUAGUAACUUGAAGCCUUAUCAUCAAUCAAAUCUGAAGCCAUGUCAAGGAGGCAACUUAACCCAUCUCGACACAUUGGGGACGGUGGCGCUGUUCCAUUUGCAACUGCAUUGCAAUCAAAAUCACGGUCAUCACCUGUUUUAUCAAUAGCACUUAUAAUCACGGGAGCACUGCUUAUUAUAUGCUAUGUAAACAGUGGCUCAGGUGGAUUUGGCAGUAGUAAAGCUGUGGUUAGCAGGGUUGAAGGUGACUUUUCAUGCACAACAGAGGUUCAGCGGGCAAUUCCAAUUUUGAAGAAAGCAUAUGGCGACAACAUGCAUAAGGUUUUGCAUAUUGGCCCCGAAACUUGUUCAGUGGUUUCUAUGCUGUUGAAAGAGGAGGACACUGAGGCCUGGGGAGUGGAACCCUAUGAUAUCGAGGAUGCUGAUGCUAACUGCAAGAGUCUUGUGCGCAAGGGCAUUGUUCGUGUGGCUGACAUCAAGUUUUCUCUUCCAUACAGGGCAAAAUCAUUUUCUCUUGUGAUAAUUUCAGAUGCUUUGGAUUACGUGUCUCCAAAAUAUCUCAACAAGACCCUUCCUGAGUUGGCAAGGGUAUCAGCUGAUGGUAUUGUUAUUUUUACAGGCUACCCAGGUCAGCAGAGAGCUAAAGUUGCAGACAAAUCCAAAUUUGGUCGGCCGAUGUUAAAGACGACCAUCAAUCAAUUGCAAUGCAAAUUUAAGCGCAAAAAUGAGGAGCUUGUCUUGGUGGAUUCGAUUUUUUGUUCAGACCAGCUUAGAAGAGAAUGAAGUUUUUAUCAAGAAGUUUGAACAGGCUGCUGAGAAGGGGUCAUACAAACCAAUGUGCCAAAUUUUUCACCUGAAGUCGUACCAUUGAUGUCGCAGUAAAAAUUUUCCAGCUAAGUUGGAACAUCUUAACUCUCAUCUAAGAUCUGCAGGGAAAUCUGAAAAAUGUAUCAACAUUGAUCAUGACUAGGUCUCCUCAUUUUCUGUCCAAUUGUAAUGUGUUUGAUAUUCUUUUAUUCAAAUUUUAUGGGUAAGUAAAGCAUGAUAGUCUUCUGAUUGAAUGUAUCAACUAGAGUAGGUUUUGGCAGUUCAUUGAUUGUUGUAAUUGGAAAUAUUACUUUUAAAUUGUUGAUAUCCACUUUUAGUUUGUUAUGACA